AAUGACAGUGUCCGUGGUACAACAUUCGCACGCGACAAUGAUCCUUUGACAAGAGUCCAAACUCAAUAAAUCAACGGAAUAAUCAUCAAGAGAGGAAGAGUCCUGGCGACAAUGCGCGAUAAUAGGGGGCGAAAUGAGCAGAAGACUGAACCAACAACGAUUACCACGAAAGAAUCUGUCUUUAAUACAAUAAUUGGAGAUGGUGGAGUGAAACUUUCCAAUUUUUUUCAUACCGAAGGCGAACAUGAGAGGCGAAAAAAGCACUUCAGCCCAUAAUUUUUAAAGAAAAAAGAACAUAAAACUCAAAAAAAUGGCAGAGGACUUUGUAAACGCUACGCACCCCUCGUUCUCGGGGCUGGAGCCAGCGAGUUCCUACUGGAACUACUCCGACCAUGUAAUUCUGGAUGACCUCAAGAUGGAUAGCAACUUCAUCUAUCUCCUUUGCUCCCUCGUCUCAGCAAUUUCCUGGUUGAUCUACAUAACGUAUUACAACUCUCGUGUCAUCGGCUUUAUCCUGACACGUUUGCUCAAUCGUUUUAUAAUCCGAGAUGGCUACGUAAAAGUGGGUGCCUUCACCCUGAGUGCUCUGAGUGGAAAAAUUAUGUUCCGAGAUAUUGUCUACAUAACCACAGACUACAGUCUUAGGAUCCAGGACGGUUGGUUGAUAUUCCGAUGGUGGAGGAGUUAUGUUCCUAAGGAUGUCUCCGAAGAUCUCUCGCACUCAGACACGAGGCUUUCAGUCCUGCUGAAUGGCUUUGAACUGCACGUUUACAAUAGAUGUGAACUGUAUGCCCACCUGGAAGAGACAUUCGGCCUGUCCCCGCAGAUGUUUCCAGACGAAGAUAACCACAACGUCAACAACAUCAACGAAAAGGAUUCAGAGUCCAUUAACAACACAGCCAAUGAUUUCAGACAGCAGAUAAACGCAAUGGACGUUUCCAGACAUGUGGAGAACAUUAGGAAACAGGAGGCCCAUGUCAUUGCCCGAACCUGGAGAGAUUUGAUUCCAGUUAUUAAGCUGGAUGUUUGCACUGGAAGACUCGUAUUUGGUAAUCGUUUGGUACCAACAACUCUGUCACUGACUGUUGAAGAAGCUCAUUUUGUUUACUCAACGAAACCAGCAGCGUCUAGACACGAUCAUUUUAUGCAUUUCACAAAAUGCAAAGCUGAGAACUUCAAAGUUAUUCUCGCACCCUCUCCCAAAUACACUGGAAUGGUUGAUGAUCCACCCAGGUACAUGGGAGAGGGUUUUGUUGUUCUGAGCUCCAAUAAUAUGGAGGUUUAUUAUUAUAUGGACGAACCAGGGGUUGUCCCUGAGCAUCCUGAAAUGAUCAGACUUGCCAAUGGAGACAUGGUGGAGGCAAUGCCACCUAUCUGGGGCAUUGAUGUCAAGUGUGGGAAGGGAACUGAUUUCUCCUAUGGACCCUGGGCAGAUAGACAACGUGAGCAUCUCUUCAAGUUCUUUUUUCCGAAUGAUCACCAACCACUGAAGGUCACCAAAGCCCCUUCCCCUGGGGACAAGAGACAGGUUCAGUCCUUUGAUAUCCGGCUGUCAACUCUCAAUGAAGCAACUGUUGAUAUUUUGUUUAGUAAGAACAGAGAGACCAAUGCUGUUCAUGUCAAUGUCGGCCCUGGUUCAUAUCUAGAGGUAACGAUGCCCUGGAUUGUUCUCCAGGAUGGUUACACGACUAAAAUAACCGGACAAUUGCUGCAUCUCGAGGCCACCACCAGUCUUCAAUACAGGAGUCUCGUUGAGAGUGAAACACUGGAGUUUGGAGUCAAGUGUCAUUAUCCAAUCAGAUGGAAUGAUCAUCAAGAAUGGACGCUAAAUUUAACUGGAUGUAAAGCAACAGCGAAUUUAGUCUAUUCACAUAAAGAAUUCUUUCAGGACAUGAUCAACGACUGGGCAAGCAAAGCGAGACCUGAUAUUCUGCAUUUUGUUCCUUACACUUGGAAAUUCAGUCUUUUGUUGAAGGAGUUUGAGCUGAUAACUAUUUGUAAUGAAUACAAUUGGAUUGACUGUUCAUCUCAGAAUCAGGAGAAUGCUCACAUUGCAUUUUGUGGUGAUUUCUUCGAACUCUCAUUCAGUCUACCUUUUGUGGAUUUUCUGCCAGUUACCAUUCCUCUGGGCUUUUGGAUUCAAGGUGAAAGUGUCGAUUUAUCUCUGUAUCUACCUGAAGUCAAUACGAGCAGAAUAAUCCUCUUGGCGCUGGAUAAGAAUGCUAAGAUCAUGACGAGGGAUGGAAGCUGCAAGCCAUUGUCCGAUUUAACGAAACAGAAGAAGUGGAGAAAUGUCUGCCAAAAGAGCCUCGGCUGGAUCGACUGCUGGAGUGUUCCCAUAGUUGCCAUCAGCAUUCACUACACUUACCAUCCCUGUCCUCCACUGGGCCCAACACCGCAGGCCAACAUAACAACCCCAGAGAAAGAAGAAAUACUUCUGUCCCCAAUGAGGAUACCCAGGUGCAGAAAGUCACCAGGACUUCAAUGGACUCAGGAUGGAUGCCAGAAGUUCGAUCCUCAAUCAAUAGCACCUGAUAAAGUCUCAUUGGAGCUGGAGAUCGGUCCUUCGACACUGAUCAUCUAUGGCUCCCUUAUCAAGAAUUUUUUGCAUUUGAAGGAAAAUAUCUUCGGGGACUAUCAGGCUUUCACUGACAUGCAGCAAAGUCGGCCAGUACAGAAUUCAGAGAGAACCAGUAAAGACCGAGACAACCAGAACAGUUCGGUAGAGGCAUCUGUCGAGGAUGAGGAUACAAAGUCCUCUAAACCUUUCGACCCCAGACACUAUCGACCCAUUGAGGUGACAGUUGGAAUUACGAUGCAUGACAUUCAGGGGCAUUUGGUGAAGAAUUGCAAUGAGAACGACCCACCAUGUCCUGUCAUCCUCCUCGAGAGAUUUGGAUUUGAACUGAAGAAGGGCUUCAGAGGGACUGAGCUUCAGCUGCUACUAUCACCAGCUGUCAUGCUACUGACAGACAAUGUCGUAAGAUCGGGCAAAGAGAGACACCUGACUCAGGGACACCUGAUGCUGUCGGCCCUUCAGGUACGUGGGCAUGCGAUGUUCAGCCCUGAGGGCAGAAGCUUGGAUCAAGAUACUCUGGAGUACGCCUGGCUCAUCGAGGUUCAACUGGGGAAACUCAGUGGGAAAAUCACUUCUCCCCAGCUUCAUCAUUUAGUGACUUCUCUGGAGACCUUUGUCCUCAUGGUUAUGAAUAAGGAGAACAUUCUGAGACCCCCUGGACUACCUCAUCAGUGCCAUCAUGGGCUGCCUCCACUUCAGUGCCCAGAGAGUGACCCUGAUAGCCAUUACAGGUGUCCAAGCUCAGAAGACAUCAAAUACAGGAUGACUAGAGUUGCUGUUGACGCUAUUGAUCUGUAUCUUCAAGAAGCUGGAACUGCCACUCAACUGUGGGUCUCGCCCAUCAGAAUUUCCACCUGCAAUCUCCAUGGACAUCAGGUUAAAUCAGGGGUAACUGGGCUUAUGCCGACGAUUCUGAUCAGGCAGUUUGUCUAUGCUGGUGGACACUUUGCUAACAACAGCUCUAAUGGUACUAAUACCACUGGGAGUGCUAGGUCGCAUACAAAUCCAAGCAGUAGACUGUCUGGAGACGGUUCAGAUAUUUGGUUGGAGGUGGGCUCGGUCUCUCUCGGACCAGUAAUCAUCGAAGCUGCUAUCUCACUGCCCACUCCUGAGCAUAAUCUACAUCUGGUGCAAAAUAAGUAUCUGAAGACGCACGAUGAAAAAACGAAAAGACUGUGGUUCCUGUGGCCUCAGGAGAGUGGGGUAAAGCCAGCCAAGUGCGGUUGCAUUGGGGGAUGCACUUUCUUUGGAGGGAACAGAAAUGGACCAAGGUUCUUCAAGCCCACUUAUCACGAUCUUCAGGAUGGAAUUAAUAUCGCUGCAUACAGACUUCACAACUCCGGAAAAGACAAAGGUUUCGGUCAGUCUAUCCUCCACGAAGACAAACUGGUCUUUCACACACCCCCUUACAGUCUUCAAGACGUUUCUCUUCAGGAUAUAAUCUUACCAGUGUCAGGUUUAAAAGUAACGGUGUUCCAAGACACCCCCCAGACCUCUAAACCCAGUGUAGAACGUUCAGCAUCAGCUGUAGAUUCAACGAACGAAGAAAACAACAGUACAAAGUUGAGCUCAACAUCAGAAAGCCCAGCGACAGACGAUCGAAAGCUCCUGAGUCGUAGAUUCUCCUACACUUCAAUUAGAAGCUCAAACCUAAAAGAUGUGCCAUAUUCAAGACUGGUGGACUCGAGCCCCUCUACCCAACUCCCGCAGAAGUUGGAUUCAGAUUCUAAACUCAAUUCAGAACGGAGUAAAUCAAUUCUGAAUGUUCCUGAGAUAGAAAAUUGCCCGAAGAGCAGUGCCUCAGACUCGAAAUUGGCAGUUGAUUAUUUUAAUUCACCAACCGAGACUGAAUUACUUCAGCAGAGUGCUAGUCCCCAUUCACUUCCUAGCGUUACUACCGAUCUCAGAGUCCUGAGGACUGUUGCAAUGGCCAAGAGUACGGACAGGGUCAACGCAUCCGACUCACAGCACUCACUCUACACGAGAUCAGAAUCUGAGGACAGACUUAAGCAAGAAGUUCAGAGAACAAUAUCUAUGUCCUCGGAAAAUCAUUCAGAAGCUUUCUACUCAGCUGAUGAGGAUACGAGUCAUGGGUUGGCUGGCAGCAGAACCUCCAGUCUUCGACAAUCAAUAGCUUCAGUUGGUCCGACGUUAGUCCGAAAUGACAGUACAAAAAAAAAAUAUUCCUCCGAUCUGUCAAUUGUUGAGAGUUCAAGCGCCAACAUUGCUGUUGCCGAGAAAGCUCAUACACUGGAGAGAACGAAACCCCAUGGGACCUCCAGAAAAAGUCCAAAGGCCCAUCAAAGUAGGGAGUUCAAGGGAAAGAGUGGAAGUCCCAGUGAACGAAAGAUCCUGAAUGACUCGUCGGACUCUCACUCUGGAUCAUCCUCCAGUUUUAUCUCCGCUGUGUCUUCCCAGGAGGAUAUGACGCUCGUAAAUCUCCACAUGCAGGUGAACAAGCCAAUCGUCGAUUCUCCAUUACUUAUGUCGAGUUAUGUUAGUCAUCUGAGCCAAACCAGAUGCUCCAACUGGCAUCAGUCAUCAUUUCCAGCAGCCAGCGAUGCCUUCACGACCCCAAUGUUCAAGAGGACUGAAGAGGGUAGGCUUGUCUACGUGGGAGGAAGAUACGUUCCGAAAUUCGAGACUGUCAGUGAGGGCUUCACCUCCUUGAAGAUGGUGACAAGGAGCGAUGCCUCGCCCUUGGCCGGAUCAUCUAACAAAACCCCGACUCAUCCUUACUUGUGGGACAGUUCAGCUCUCAUUCAAUCAGAGAGUGAGGAGGAUAAUACGACUAAAGAUGAAGAGGAGUUACUUGCUGUACAACACGAGACAGGAUCCAGAACAACUGUCAUUGUCAAACUCAAGGGAGACGCUGAUAUAAUGGUGAGCCCCAUGGUUCUGGAGUCUCUGCAGAGAUUCAUCGAUGCUCUCACUCCAACUCUAGCCAAUCUCCAUCCCUUGACCAUUCUGAAUCACCUGCAUAAUGAGUGCAUUGGUAGAGUCGAGGACGCGAAUAUUUUGAAGCAAGAUCAGAGUUUAUCGUAUUGGAGUCAAGUGCAGACGAGUUCGAAGAGAUCGACUGCUGAGAGGAACAUCAAGAUGGGUCAGGGUGAUGAGACAAGUAAGAUCGCUCUUCAGACAAAUGUCUACGAGGAGAGUAUCACAACGCAGGUGCAGGGGAGUAUAAUCUUGCCGAAAAUCAACAUAACUUUACUGCAAGCUUCAGUGGUCGAGGAAAUCAUAUCCUUCUCGGCCCUUGACAACAUCAGGGACUUGACUUGCGUCUCUUUAUUUGCCAUUUGUCUGGAUCAAGUCACUGCUCGUUUUUAUCUCGAUAAACAAGCGAGGGAAGUCGUGCAGACAUUCCAUAAGCCCGCAGUCCUCCCAAAUCAGAAGAAAGUGAACAAAAUCAGCAAAGCUUUUAUGACUGGUCACCAAUCAGCUGCUGUUGUUACUGAUAUUGGAGCUGGAGAGACUGUCUACAUUGAGACCUCUGAGAAGCAGCAAGAGGAGAUAAUCAUCACUCUGAAUAUUGGAAAGGUUCACUCGCAGCUGAGAAGACUCAGGAAUGAGUCGUCAAUCCUGAAAGAUGCUGUCAUCACUGCUAUUCCUGGUCAUUACUCGAAAGUCUUGUUUACUUGCACGAGGAUCUCAUCACCUUUAAAGUGCAUUGAUUACUACCUCCAUCAACCUCUGGAUGAUAGUACCAAGGAUAAGCAGACCAAGCAGUCAGGACCUCCUCAGGCGACUGAAGAAUUCACCGUUGGCAAUGGGGAAGAUAAACUGGGCUUCAUCAUGUUCGAGUGUGGCUUCGAGGGAAUCAAGUUAAAAGUUGUUAAGAGAUCGCAGUUUGAGAAGGGCGAGAAUGGCCAGAACGAGAAGAAAAAUGAGACUGAGAUUUUUUACACUGAUAGUGUAAAGAGUCAUGAGGAGAUUGAGACGAAGGACACCACUCCUGCAGCUGAGGAAGAUGCAACAAAGAAUGAUAAGAAGGAACCAGAAGAGAAGAAACAAACCGGCAACUCCACAAGUCUUGUUACCAAAAUGGCGAAUGGUAACACGGUGUCUUGUGUCAUCGAGCUGAAGACAAUUUGGUUCAAUUUUGCUGCUCCACCAAGAACUCCAAUCACCAGAAAAAUUGAUUUCACACGCUUAGACUGGAAUUUACUCAGCACUGCUUCACCUGCUAUCAACGCCUGGAUGAAUCCCAGCAACAGAUUUGCUAUCAAAAUUGUUCACAUGUUCAGAAGCAUGUACAGAAGAUCAACUGCUAUUGUUGCUUGUCUGAUGGCUGAGGCUCUUGAUGUGCAAGGGAUUCAUAUGCCCAUCAAGAGCAGAUAUGGCAGACUUACACCACUCGCUAAAACUCUUCAGGAAGAUCCUUCCUGCCAACUUUGCUCAAUUUUACAGCAUUACGUUUUGAUGAGUGACUUGCAGACGAUUGACGAUAAUCUGAGGGAAAAUGAAUUGCCACUCUUAUCGACGUUGAGACAGGGGGUUAUUGUGCUCAGCAGACAGUGGAAGAAUGUUCUCUAUACUCCUCUUCUUCUGGAACACAAUUACAAAACUAAACAUGUCAAGCCUCUCAAUGUGACGUUCGCUGUAUCUGAUCCUGAUGACGAGAAUUUGCUGACGGACGGUGAGGGUAGCGCUGGCGAUGGUGAUGACCAAGAAGUCACUGAUGAGUGUGCCAUGCUCAUCCACGCGGAUCACAUUUACAAGCACACGCAGAUCAAAGUUGGACAGGAAAAAUCGACAGGUACUUGUGGUGAUGGUCUUACGGUGCCAGUGAGCUCACCGAGGGGUCAGACAACGCCUCUGUCAACACCUGUACCACAAACAGAUUCAUUAACAUCACCAUCACCCCCUGUUGUACAUAGUAAAAGGGGAAAGUCACUUCAACCUACUCAGGUACCUGUCAGUUCACGUGCCAGCAUUGUAUUUCCCUUGCUUGCUGGCGGUGGACUGUUCAGUCAGCCCAAGGAUCCUAACAAUAUCAUACGACUUUUAUUAGGCUAUGGGACGCUGAAAGAAGAGAAACCCCCGCAGAUCCACAUCUCUCACUCCCAUCAAUUGGGAUCAAAUCCAAGUAUUUAUUCCGCGGGCCACGGAAGUCAUCACAGCACUGCAAGUGGUGAUGACAUGACGUCUCCCACUAUUCAUCACUCACGGGGGCACAUCAAUACCGAGGAGGACCUGUAUAGUUGGAUGGCCAAACAGCAAGAGUUCAUCAAGGAUAACGAUAAGAGUAAUUUGAGGGGCAAUUGGGUCUUUCGCACAGAACAAAAGGCAGCUAAGGAUUCCAAGAUCAACACGAUGACGACAGACGACACGGAGGAUUCAGACAUGCAUAGUGGAGCAUAUUUGUACCCAAUGAAGGACUCUCUCCGUCUCCUCGAUGCCCACUUGAUCUUCGAGCCCCUUUUGUCCUCCCUUUCAGUGAUGCCCCAGCAGAUGUUGUCAGCCAUAGGUGCAGGAAAUCUGAAUAACGUUUCAUCUUUGGACUCUCUGGGUUCGAACCUAUCCCUGGUGGGUACGAUGGACACUAUGAGGAUCGACAUUGUGGUCUCGGAAAUCGGCAAAGUAGCUGACAAGAAGAAGCCUCCGAAAAUACCCAAGAAGGGUUCAAAAUUCACCCUGGACAUACCCCCAGAGACGCCGGCAUUCCUCUGUGAGAGAAUAGGAAUAGACAUUGACAUUAAAAAAAUGGCCGACAUGACAGUGGACGACAUGAUUCAGAGGCAGAAUGUUCUCUACAUCUCCAGGGGACAACUGAAGAAACAUACAAGUACAGUUGUUAAUUUCAGUCUUCAUAUCAGGUACAUCAGUCAACAGGUCAACAUGCCAUUGCUGCGUCUUCUCCACCAGAUCAGCAACAUGUACCAAAAUGUCAAGGAAACUCAGAUGGAGUUGAAAGAGCAGCAACGAGACCCCAAACGAAACGUCAAUCUCCCAGUAAACGGCGAAUGCGGAAAUAUAAAAAAAGGAUUAUCAUCGAACUCAGAUAUCCAGGAGCAAUUAUUAAUCGGUAAAAAGAUGGAGGAGCCUCUCCUGAGAAAGGAUUUCGACCCCAAUCAGCCGAAGGUCAUCUCUCCUACCUCAAGCAUUCGCUCCCGGCCCCAGAGCUUCGUCCAGAAAUUCAGAAGCACUGGAAAGAGUGUCAAGGGAUACAUAAACCUAUCGGAGGGGGUGAUAACUCCGAGCUUUGGAGCCAGUCCGAGCAGUUCUGGUCUCGAGAAAAUUUCCAUCAUUUCAGACAAAUGCAAGGACGUUUCUACCAAUGUGACUCCACGAUGCUGGAAGACAAUCUACUAUCUUUUGGACCUGUACGCUACUCGCCCGGAGACAAAAACAAUAACUCACAGGUUCUCCCUAUCAGCUGAUUCUGAACAGUACAAGGGAGGAAAGAAAUACGAGAGUUUGAAUGAAGCGGCCAAGGAUCAGGACGUUGAGAAGGGACUGAACGAUCAUUCGUUCACACCAAUUCCACCGCAGAGGGAUCUGAAUGUCGUGGCUGGAGAGAGAACAAGACUCAUCAUCUUUGGUGUUGCUAGAAUCCAUCGGACAAGACUACUGGCAACUCUCAGUGGGCUCAAACUCGAGGCUGAAAUCACAAGUUUGCAUGCCAGCUUUACGUGUAGAAAGAAAUCCAAGCCAGCGAGCUUGGAGUGCAGUUUGACUGGACAAAUCGGCAGAACAAUGAUUGUUUUGUUAGAGGGUGUUGCACCGAAUCAACAGACUGUGGUUAAAGUCACAGUGGGUAAGAGUCAGGCUCUUUAUUCAAGUGUCUCACGUCGUCAGAAGGAUAAAAAUAGUGGAUUGUUCACGAUUGGCGCUGUUAACAUUGACAUUCCUCAGCAUCCCGUGGCUCUUCAUGGGAUGAUGACGAGGGGAAGCAAACAGUUGUCUUCAACACUUCAAGAACUUAGGGUCACGAGAACCUCUUCGAGACUCUCCAGAGGACAGCAGCAGGAGGAUUCAGAUGCUCCAGGUAGUCCUCAUCAUUACAUGGAGAAGGAAAAAGAACCUGAGGAGAAACCCAUGGCCGGACCAAGCCUUCUCGAACCCAUUGUCAUGCAGUUCCACAUUAUUCUCCAAAGUUUGAGUAUCACUGCUGCCUUGCUACCUUCUCUUCAGGCACAGUACAAAAUGGACCAGGUUAAUUCAUCAGGAACUACUGGGAGUAAAGCUAAGUUUACGAUUGAUCUACCCCAUCAUUCUCUGAGUUUCACGACUAAAUUGCAAGUUACUGAAGCUAAUUUGCCAUCAGAAGCUAGUAUCGAACUUCCUAAGGUGCAUGUGUCUGCUGAGUAUAUUCAGGAUGGCACCAGCAGUCUCAAUGACAGCAAACUGGCUGAUGGUGUUGUGUUGAAACAGGGAAGCUACCUGAAUGCCACCGCUGACAUUGGUGUCUUCGAGAACUCACUGACGACUGAUUUACUGAAUCAUCUGGUGUUCGUACAAAAGGUGUUUAUGAAGGAGGUUAAUGAGGUCGUGCAGAAAGUUUAUGGAGGGGAGAAGCCAGUACCUCUGUGGCUAGAAGAUGAAGAACCCACUGCAACAUCAAGCUUGAAAAGAAUAUUAUUCUCCCUUGUCAUUAGAUUAAAAAGGAUUCAGCUGACAGCAACUACUCCUACAAAUUCAGCUCUCCGUUUUGAGACUGGUGCCGUUGAAUUUCAACUCUCCAACAGAGUUCAGAAUGUCUCAGGCUCUGCACAGCCCAAUCCACAUACUAAAUUAUUCGGCAAAGCCCAAUUGGAUAUCAAUCUAUCACUUGGUCAAUUAUUGAAGAAUGUCAUGUUUGAAGAGGCAGAACCGGAAUUUCAGCAAUUCGCCUUUUUCAAUACGAGAGUCGAUCUGCGGAAUGCCUUCCAGGAGGAGAUGUCUCAAGAGGCAGAUAAUGAAGUUGUUCUCAUAACUCUCAAGAGACCAUUGAUAUACAUUCAACCUAUGGCGAUUGACAAAGCCAUCCUUGUCUGGUUGAAUUACAAAAAUGCUUAUGAAUAUUGGAACGAGAAGAGAGCUAAUUUGAACAAAGAAGUGCUGACAGCAACUCAGCAGGUGUUUGAGAAGGUGCCUUUUGGACAAUUGACGUCACAAUUGAGCUCGCAAAAUUUGGGAACUCUUUUUCUACAGUUGACUGUUGAUGAUAUGGGAAUUUGUGUUCCACUCAAUCCAUUGCCACCCAACAACUGGGGAAUGACGAGGGGUUUAUAUGAUGGGGAGUCGAGGGGGGCUGUAGUUGUAACUCUGGAGACUGCUAGUAUAUCUGCCUGCAGUAGUGGCAGCUUAGUCAGUAAGGGAAGAUUCGUGGGCCUAUGUUUGAGGUUUGCCGAUGACUUUGAGACUUCUCUGGAUGAUUGGAAGCCGGACAUGAACGAUAGUAAUAUUAUGAAUCUUUGCGUCGUGUCUGAGGGAACUUAUGAGAUAUGCAGCCGGACUGUUGCACAGAAACCGGAUAAAUCUGACAAUGCCAAAUGGCUUUUGAAUGUCCAAUGGCAAAUGGAGGGAGUUGAUAUUCAUCUGGACACCAAUGUAGGGCAACAACUGUCGGCAUUGGGUCACACCCUGACCAUGCUCGCUGGUUCUGAAGAGGACGAUGCCAAUGUUUCAGCAGAGUACGAUAGCGAUGAUGUAGAUCAGCCGAACCUUGGAACUAGCCAGGUUAAGAAAAAAUAUUUUAAUCAUUUGCAGGAGAGCAUUCUGAUUAAAAAAUCGAAGAAUUGGACGGACAGUCUUCCUGCUUUUGUUUUCGAUCCGUCCCUCGACGCAAAGAAGCGUUCUAAGCUCAUUGAGAAGGAGAUGAACGAACAAGCGAAGAUUAUCAACGACCUGCGAUCACUGGGAGCUUCUCACGGUACAAUUGAGCAAGAAAUGAAACGCCUGCAGGAGCUGGAGGCAGUUGUCUUCAAGGAUUUCCGUCGCGAUAUGAUUCAGAAGCUCAGGAGGCAGUCAGUUAAAGCCUCUGGCAUCAAAGGAAAGCUCGGGUUAGGAUCCAAAUCAAAUACGUACAGAUCAAGGUCCUUCAUCGUUCCUUCUCCAACCCCAGAGCAUCAACUGGAGUCACCCGAGGACCUCAAUGCAGAGAUCAAUUCAGCUAACUCGGCGAGUUAUGAGAGCAGCCCUCGAAGUGGCCCAAGUCGAUCAGCAUCCUUGAGAGUGAGGAAUCUGGGUGGUCCCAGGGUGACAUUCAGCGAUACUCAUACCAUGUGUCGUCAGUCAUCCCUGCCUAGUGCCUCGUCAGAACUGAGUCUGCCUGAGGGGGAGCUUGAUUGGCCUGAGACAAUCGAAAUCGACGGGGAACAGGUGGAACUUCGGAGGAAGAGGCCUGAUGGUAGUUGUGCAUCCAGCUACGACAGCAUGGAGGGCAAUGUUCCACUCCUCGAUUCUUUUGCACGUGAGCAAACUUCAACAACUUCGUCUCCUCACAUUGUGCCUCAGAAGCCUCAAGAACCCAACAUAGACUUUGAAUUCGAUGUUAAAGUGCUCAUUAACUCGGGAAAGUGUGUUCUCCAUACAAAGGACUCCAGCAGGGAGGAUGAGUUGAAGUUAAUAAGUAGAAUGAAGAAGGAGAGAUCGUGUUCAGGUGGAAACUUUGAGUUUCAACCGAGCAGUCCGAGUUCCAGCAGAAAACACAUGAGUGGAAAGGAGAAAUCGUCAUCUACUGGAUCUAGAGUCAGGUACUUCCAGCAUAUGACUGCUGUACCUCUUGUCGAUUUAUCGAUUUUCCAUAUUCCUGGGCUGGAUGUUAAAGUCCAUUACGAAUCGAAGACCCUUGCUGAGGACAGAUUACCGGAUCUUCAACAUCAGACUUCAAUGUCUCUUCCAACAAGAAAAAUUGGAACGAAGAAGGCCAGCUUGUUGGCAUGGGUCACUCUCCAGAGUAUUCCAGAGGAGACCAUCAUCAGCCCCCACAUUCUUGAAUAUUUAGAACAGACAUUGGAGCCUAUACCUGGUAAAAUACUCCUACCAGGAGGUGGACAGACGACUAAUACAGUCUUUCCAAUGGAGAAUGAGAGCUCCUCGUGGGCUGCAACGGCAGCAAGCUCCAACUACGUCUAUGCCAGUUUUCCAGUCGAUGUCAUCGUUUAUUUCCACAGUCAACCGUCGACAUUCAGGUUCUCAUGUUUACCUGUGUCGAGGGUUGAAUGCAUGCUUCAAUUACCAUCGCUGGACAUAGUGGCAUCGAGUAAAAGAGCUGAGGAGGAGCUCCCAGAGUUCAAUGAAUCGAGUAAUCAUCAUCAGGGAAAUUCGUCGGGUAGAAGUAGAGAGAGUGAAUCAGCAAUAGGGGGAUUAUCUGUGACUGGAUGUCUCGCUGACUUUUCAGUUUACAUAUUCCACCCCUAUGGGGGUGGGAAGAAGUCAGGACUGAAGGAGACCCAGUGGUCACCCCUAUCGGACAGUGAGAGAAAGGAUUCUCUCAGCAUUAACGUUGAAUUCGUUAAAGUCAAUUUAUCCAGAAGCAGAAAGUUGAAGUUCCACAGUGAACAACUGAGCAAAGGGGGUGACACAAGCAGAGCUGUAAUCAGAUUCUCCAUGAUUGUUGAUAUUGGCUCUGCUUCUUUCAAGUACGAUAUGAGAAGAUUGACCGAAAUUUUAGCUUUUCCAAAGGCGUGGUACAGACGAAGCAUCGUCAGGAGAUUAUUCCUAGGUGAUUUGAGCUCGGGAAUGGCAUCUUACGAGGGUGAAAACAGCCCCUUGUUAAAUCAAGAGGAUGCAGCUAUGGGUUCAUCCCUUUUGAAACACUGUGAUAAAUAUCCCCCUGGAGAUAUGCUCUCUAAAAGUGCUCCUGAAGCGAGUCCAAUAUUGACGAGAGACAAAUUGAGAUUAAGUUUUGAUAAUGAAUUACCUAGACAGACUAGGGGACUCAAGGACAUUGGGAGGGGCUGGAGUUUUACGUCGUCAGAUAAAUUUAAUACUAAUUCGGGGGUUAAAAUAAGGGAAUCAGCGUGGGAAACUUUGGUGCUAUUUGCCAUUAACUUUACUAAAUUGAAUGUACAUAUGAAUAUGGGAAAUGUUAUGGGUAAUGUCGCCUGGAUGACUAAAGAUUUUCGUUCUGAUGGAAGAUUGUCAAUUGGUAGUACUGGACACAAAAAUCUUUACAUUGGAAUAGGCCUUGGGGGCUCGAGUCUUGAUGCCAAGAGUGGAUUCGUGGGUGGAACUAUUGAUCUCAGUAAAAUCGAUACCUACCUUCAUAUCAGGGAGGAGCCUGGCAUCGAGCCUGAUCACACACUUGGACUAAAACUUUUCGCCCUGGAGCUGAGGUUAGACUACAUGGGAACAAGUGUUCUGAUGACUAGAGUCUCCUCCCUAGAUGUGACACUGAGAGACGAAUGGAAAAUCAGUAGAAAUACUUCUGGUGAUGCCUUUAUGCCCACCAGAAGACCAGCUAUCAUCUUCAUGCAUGGAGAUCUUGGUUGGGACCAACUACAGAUCAUGAUCUCCAAGUCGACGACUGCAGACCUCCUGAAGAUGUUUUAUAAGUUGGAGGAGUUCUUCAGUCAGCAGUUCAAGAGCAGUAAGAGAGUGUUCAGCUCUCUUCAGCCCAAGCAGAGGACCAGUACCAACAGCUUCAAGAAAAAGGGACAGAAAAAGAGAACAACUCUGGAGGGACCCUGGAUCAAUCAGACAGCUCUCUCUGAUGCCAGACAUCACAGACAUUGGCAACGGGUUCUUGCUCAAGUAGCCGGACUACAACUAGGCAGUUUAAGGUUCUCUUUACCCAGCAAUGGAACUGUUCUUGGGGGGACUAUGGAGCUGCACGGAACCAAUAUCAGUCUGGCAUGUUUUCAUGGGAUCAACUUUAAGAGUAAAAAUUGGGCUUUGUUUUCGCUGAAAGAGCCCUGCAUAAGUUUCGCAACCGAAGCACAGGAGAUUCCAAAUGUCGAAUCCCCAAGCACCUGCGAUGUUCAUGUUGUUCAGACUCUAACAGUCUCCUUGGGACAACAACAGGAGCAACAUGCCCGUCAUCACUCCAUGGGAACUGUCUGCAAACUCAGUCGAAGUGUUCUUUUUCCUCCUCAGUUCAAGAGCCUUCAAGAGUGGUUUCAUUAUGCUUUUGCUAACAGUGAGAUUGAUGCUGUGGAUAAAUUCCCUUGUGUUGAGAGGGAGAGGACUGAACAGACUGCUGAAGGGACCACUGGCGCCAGGGGGAGGAGCACAUCUUCUACCUCUGGAAAACUCCAGGAACACUCGCAUGGCAGGGAAGUCAUCUUUGCUCUUCCUUCGUUGCAGUUGCAUUUGAAAACUGAACAUCUCCAGACUGCUAAGACUCCUGAUGUAAUUGGACUGCCUAAACAUAUUUUGUAUAGUGAAAAACCAUUAGUUGAGUGCAGUUUUAUCACUGAAUUCGAGGACCAUAUAUUCGUAACAGUGGAUGCAGAGGCGUUCUUCUUCCUUCACGAUCUUAUAACAUCAUAUCUCAGUGAAAAAGAGCGAGUGCAGUCAAUGGGUCCAGGGGGACGGGCCCACAGUCCUGAGAGCCAUGACAAGAGAACUGGACCCCCAAGCUCAUCAAGUGCAUCAACAACCUCAGCAAUGACUGAGGACGAGAGGAGGAGAAAGCAGUUUGAUCCAGCUGAGAUGUUCAUUAAGGAUUGGCGUUCAUAUAGAUGCAAAACGUGGCACCUCGAGCCAACAGUGAGACUUUUAUCGUGGGCUGGAAAGAGUAUCGAACCUUACGGCAUUGACUAUAUACUCCAGAAAUUGGGAUUCUCUCAUGCACGUACCACCAUUCCAAAGUGGAUGCAGAGGGGCUUCAUGGAUCCCCUCGACAAAGUCCUGGCUAUUCUUAUGUUAAGAAUGGUUCUAGCUGUACGUGAGGAGGGCCCUGAGGACUCCAGGCGGGACAAAUAAGGCAGACUGUAGUUAUUUUAAAUUGAAGUAAUUUUUUUAAUGAAACGAAAAAGAUUUGGGGUCAACGAGAGCUCCACAAAUAAGAACAAUUGUUUGAGGCCACUGUUAACAAUUGUAUGACGAUAAUAAUUCAUGUAAUUAGGGAAAUUUAGGUGCAAUUAUCACGCAUUACGUGUCGUUGAGAGUGUGUGGGAGGAUUUGUUUUUUUUUAACAACGUAGCAAUGGUGUCGAGGAGUAAGGAUGUUAAUUAUUUAUCGAAUAAUUUCAUACUUGCGGGUGAUAGAGAAUCUAAGGAUAGGGCCAAUAGUUGAUAGGGAAAACGUCCAAUCGUUCCGUUCUGCACUUCAUAAUAUAAAUCAAUGAUAUAAUGUUAACAUAUUUCAUCAUUGAUAGAACAAAAUACCGGUUUGUCUGUACAGCUGUUUGAAGAAUCAUUUUUUCACAUUUAUUCCCCCCCCCCUCAAAAAUUGUAUAGUUUUUAUUGCUAAUUGUAAUUUGAUUUUGUCAUAUUGUCAGAUAUUUUUUUACCUUCAGUUUUUUUUCUCUUAAAUACAUUUGUUUUCGUCUUCCUGUUUAUUUUUUUACGUCUUUGUUUCUUUGUGAUUAUUUUUUCGAUGAUGGUGUGUCAACAAUGUAGAAAUUGCAAAACACAAAUGUUCAGUGAUGUCCGUCGCUUCUGAGUAAAAUGGAAUGUGAGUUGUGAAGAAAUUUGAAAAAUUAUAGGAAAAGGAAACGUAAAUCUACCAUUGUAAUUUUUAUUAUCAAUUAAAAUAGGUGAAAUUGACAGUGCAGUUUUUGUAUCGAUGUUUUUUUUCUUAUUUAUUUCUAUGAUUGGAAAUUUAUUAUUAAGUCCUUGUAAUGUAAUAGGGAAAUUUGUUAAUAAAUGUAUGAUCACACCAGUU